AUGACGGGACAGGCGGAUGAAGCUCGCCAUGUGUCCUGGGACGGGCGGGCAGGGCCUGCCACGCGUCCUAGGGCGGGUGGAAGGGGCCCGCCACGCAUCCCGGGAUGGGCAGGCGGGGCCUGCCACAUGUCCUGGGACAUGUGGUUGGGGCUCGCCACGCUUCCCGGGACGGGCGGGCGGGUCCCAGCUCACAUCCUGGGACGGGCGGGCGAGGACCGCCACGCAUCCCGAGACGGGCGGGUGGGGCCAGCCACGCGUCCCGGGACGGGCGGGUGGGGCCCGCCACUCGUCCAGGGAGGGGAGGGCGGGGUCUGCCACAUGUCCAGGGACGGGCGGGCGAGGCCACCCUCUUGUCCCGGGACGGGCAGGCGAGGCUCACCACUUGUCCUGGGACGGGCGGGCAAGGUCCGCCACAUGAUGGGCGGUGGUGGUGCCCACCAUGCGUCCAGGGACGGGUGUGCGGGGCACACUAUGCGUCCCAUGACGGGGGGGCAUGGCCCACCACGUGUACCGGUACGGGCGGGCGGCGGGGCGCAGCUUUCCAGACGCUUUCCCAGGACGGGCAGUGGCGGGGCCCCCCCCCCACCACGCGCUCCCGGGCUAGGUGGGCGGGGCCCGCCUCGCGUCCCGGGAUUUAUUUGA